AUGGGCUCCGACGAGUACCAAGUCGUCGGCGGCGGCGCCCUCAAACUCAAAGGCGCAAAGAUCACCAAGAAGAAGAAGAAGUCCUCCUCCGCCAAAUCCGACCUCGCAAAGAACCUCUCCACCGGCUCCGACAGCAACAGCAGCAGCACCGCGCUCACCAAAACACACGAAGACGAUGAUGAUCUAUCCAAAAAGAGAUUAAAGAGCCCCGACCAGCAGCAAGUCGACGACGAAGACGACGAUCCGGUGGUGUACAAGACAGAGGCAGAGCGGCGGUACGAAGAAGCCAGGAAGAAGAGGCUUCUCCAAAUUGCGCAAUCAUCCGGCGCGAGACCCGAACUGCUCAAAACACACAAGGAGCGCGUCGAGGAGCUCAACACGUACCUGUCUAGGCUGAGCGAGCAUCACGAUAUGCCCAAGAUUGGACCUGGUUAGGGACGCAAGCAAGGUCAGGGCUGUUGGAAAGAGUUGGAAGAGCUACUACAUCGUAUUGCAUGGAAUUGGAGUUUUGGGCGUUCCUGUCCCUGGUUGC